UUUAUACACAAUUCCAACAAGCGGGACGGUCACGGCACGAAAAUAGUUGAAUUUAUUUACAUUUUAAAUUUAAGUAGUAGGCGCAGUUAAUUAUAUUAUCCACAGUCAUAUACUAACAAUAAAAUGGGCUUCGUUUUAUCGAAAUUUCGGAAGGAAAAAUCUACGACUGCUGUUCUGGAGGGGCUGCAAGUUCAGAUCCAAGAACUUGAGAAAUAUGUGAUCAAUACGCAGGAGCGUAAAAGACGAUUUGUUACGAACUUUGUUGGCUUCACAAUUGGCGUCUACAUUGUUGGAUUUGCGCUAUGGUAUUUCUUCUAUUUCCCGCCAACGAUGCAAGAACGCAUCAUGUACCUGGUGCCGUUACUUCUCUUCCCAGUGCUCAUUGUUUUCUUGCGUCAAAUGUUUACGUGGUAUUUUCAGCGCAAGCUUAACAAAAAUGGCGAUAAGCUCAAGCAGUUGAAGGAGAAGAAGAGCAAGAUAUUGGAGCAGGUCAUGGACAAAGAGACCUACAAGGUGGCAGUAAAUCUUCUUGACCGCUUUGGCGAUAAGCAACAGAACCGCAUGUUGGGCACAGUUCGGUCCGCUGCCAGUAGCACAUCCCUCAAUAAAACGACGGCACUGCAACGCACACCACAACAAGCAGCAGCUGCUCAACAGCGACAGCUAACGCCGUACAGCGGCGUUUAUCGUAACAUGAAUAAUAAUCUGAAUAGCAGUGUAAUGGCUCCGAUGUUGCAAGUGCAACCGUCAACGCCACAAGGCCGCACAAUGCAGGAGUUGCGCCGGCGCACCCCGUUUCCCAUUGUUGAUGAGAGCAAACGCAGCGCCUUAGAUCGCAUUGUGGACUUUUUGGUGGGUGACAGUCCACAGAAUCGUUAUGCCAUGAUCUGCAAGGAAUGUCACAGACACAAUGGCAUGCUGCCAGUAGGUGACUACGAAUAUACGACGUUUCAUUGUGCUUUCUGCAAUGUGCUAAACCCGGCACGAAAAGAGCGACCUGUGGCGCCGCGACUGUCACUGGAAGCAGCGCAUCCACAGACGCCGCAGUCGACGCUGCGCAAUGACAGCUCUGACAGUGAUUCAUCCGACGAUGAGGAUGAAGAUUACGAUAAUAAGCUGUCGACACGUCGUGCGCUGCACGAUGAUUUGCCAAUGACUGAUAACGAAGCUGAUACUAAAACUGAGGCUGCCACAAACGCUGGUGAUGAUGUUUCAACGACUGCAACAAAGGUAGAGGAGACUGAUGCUGCAACUACUGCUGCUGCCAGCGAGACUGAGGCAAAAGAAUAGAAUUGCGAAUAGUUUCAGCUCUCCCAAGUGCGCCAUGAACAGGUUUUUUAGGCUCCGCAAAGCGGUAGCUUUAAAAUAAAUCAACUUAUGCAUA